AUGGUCUCCUCUGACGGCGAAGAAGGGAAGCCUUCUACGUCGGCCUCGAUCUUGAAGGAGAGGAGAUUUAAAUUAUCCAGGGCUUGUGAUCGCUGCAGGCGGAGGCGUAUCAAGUGUGACGAAGGACACCCGUGUCAGGCAUGCCUAGGUGCCAAUUCUGCGUGUACGUUUGAGGAACCGGGGAAGCGAAGUCAUCCGCAUAAAUCCAAACGCACAGCGACACUCGAAGAUCGCAUGCAUCAUCUCGAGUCUCUCAUACAAGCGAUACCACCCGCCGUCUUUGCUGCAGGAGGGUCUGCCGCUUUUGCGUCGCCAAUCGACAGCUCUCCGAUCGCGCAGCUACCCCACCCGCUACAAUCUUAUCCCGCCGCACAACCACCGCCCUCCAUCAACAUGUUGUCUGUCUCUGGCCCGGGCGCUCACUUCAGCGUAGCGCCGCCCUCAGACACGAAACCUUUCGUACCCGGUCAGGGUCGUGUACGGCAGGACAGCAUCAGCUAUACUAUGAGCGCGGGCUCUAGUAUCGAUGGGAUGGGAGACGAAACGGCCCGCAUGAGUAUGCAUAGCAGUUACCUCUACCUCGACGACGAAGGAUAUACGCGAUGGCAAGGAGAAACCUCCGGCCUUCCCAUCUGCGACCUUCUCAUAGAGCGCCAUCAGCCUCCGCGCACGGCGGCCCCUGGACCCUUGAAGACCGAGCGUGAAGACAGUCCUUCUGCUGAGGCUUGGUUCCCGGAUCGCACGCCGCAGAGAACAAACCUCCCUCCUGAGCGCAUCUGGAAACUCAUCACGACAUUCAUCGCGCCGGAUCUCAUGGACAGCCUUGUACAAUGCUACCUCUCCACAUCCUAUUAUCUUAUGCCAUUUCUACACGUCCCGACUUUCCUGCAUGACUACGGCAAUCCGGCCAAAUGGGGCGAGCCAGGAUUCGCUGCUUUUGUGGUGGCUGUAUGCUGUCUGGCUUCUCGCCACAUCGACGACCCACGCGUCCGGUCUGACCCGUCGGAUGGCGUCACAUCUGGGGCCACUUGGUUCGAACUCUUCGGGCGUUUGCGUGCGCUCCCGGGUGCAGACAGGCCAACUGUAUACACUGUGCAGGCCGUUCUUGUUGCCGGCGUCUACGCCGUGGGAGCCGGCCGCCUAUCGCGAGCAUUCGCGCUCCUGGCAGAGUCUGCGAGCUUGAGCGUCGACGCCGGUUUGCACAGGAGCUCUGACGCGUACGGCGCCUUCGAUGCGAUUGAAGACGAGGUUCGCAAGCGCACCUUUUGGUGUGUGUACAUGUGGGAUAAACAGGCGGGCGCGCAUUUUGGUCGACCUCCGGUACUUCGGUUGCGCGACUGCGACGUUGCUGAGCCCAGCCCGGUCGACGACGAGUUCAUUCGCCGCGACUCAUGUGGGCCUCAACCAAUGGAUCAGCCCAGUCGGAUGGAAGCGUUUAUUCACAUCGUGCGCUACUAUGUUGUGUUGGAGGCCGUUCUGGAUGCACCUCCGGCCCGCGGUUUCGGAGAUGGUUCUCCGUUCUUGAAGAGCGCCAUGUCAAUCCUAUCUGGCUUUAGGCGGCACAACGAGCUGAGGGAGGAAGAAGCCAUCGCCGACCAGCUUUCUGCGAGCAUUCCUCCUCACUGGAUGCCUGGACCUGAUGCUCGGGCGAGCUCAGAUGUGCUUCGAGUCACGCAUGCGGAGCGGCUGGGGUGCAUUGAUGCAUUCGUGCGAAUGCUCAUUGCGCGCCAUCGGUUCUCAGAGUGCGUUGCUGCUCGGGUACAACUUGGACAUGGCGCUGGAGGCGAACAGAGUGACGUGGAACGGGAGGCUAUGGCGGCUGCUCAUGCUCACGCUUUGAGGCUCAUCGCUGAGUACCUGCAGGUGGCUACGAAGGGGCUUAUGACAUACUAUGGCGUGCAUGUCAUCCACCAGCUCACGGCGGCGGGCCGAACGCUCAUUGCAUUCCUUCUCAAUUGCCAGUCUGAUCAACUACGACCACUCAUCUCGCCCGCGCUCGAGGGUCUUCGCUCUUGUGUGGGUCUCUUGAAACGCUUCAGUGGACGAUAUUUGUGUGGUCAACGCUCUGGCGACAUGAUGGAAGAGUUCUGCAGGAUUACUCAGAUCCCGCUGGACAGCCCGCAAGUACCACAAGACCUGCUACAAAAGCCUAGGCCACCUUGGUUCCGCCCGUUGCGGAAGAAAGGCGCGCGGUCUUCGUCAUCGAAUCACAGCGAGAGCCCCGAAGCUGGUUCUCUCUCACCUGGUGCCGAUGCUACGUCGUUCGCGACGCCCAGCGCAAGCGAUCUUCCCUUCUCUACACCAGAGAACGGUAUUUACGGAGCGGGCGCUCUCGGCGGAGAAGCCGGUCCGUUCUCACCCGGCACGGACGGGAUGUUGGCAGAGCUGCUUCGCGCGCCUGCGGGCUCUUUCGAUGGCGCGACCGGGGACAACAUAUUUGGCGCUGCUAGUGGCGAUGGCAGUAUGGCCAUGUCUCCAACAGAUCUGCUCGCCAUGUUCGGUGACGGAGGGGCCGGCAUGGGAUCUUUCAACGGGCAUGACUUUGGCACGACUGAGGCGUUUGGCGCGACAUUUGGGAGGCGGUCGAGCGAUCUUGGACUCGCUACCAGCCCUGCAUCAUAG